AUGCUGCCACCCGGGCCCCGGGGGUGGGGCCGUGAUUUGACGUCGGCCCCUGCAGGUCUCCAGACCCCGGCUGGGCCACUGCCCGAAGGCGCCUCGCCUCCCGGUUCCUCGGCCCAGCCACAGUCCGAUACUAGGCAGCCUUCCAGCCCGCGCGCACCACCUCUGAAAAGGUGCCCCCGGACGCCCCCGCCUUUCUCGCCGCCUCGACUUGGACUAGGAGCCCCGCGCGCGGCUCGCCCCCUCCGAGCUCUCGGCCGGCCGCCCACCCCCGGGGAGCGGCGGCGUCAGGGGAGUGCCCGCCAGGUACGCGCGCGGCACCGUGCGGGCUGCGCUCACGCCCCCUCGCCUUGGGGCUGCCCUCAUACCGCUCCCCGGCGACAACCAGGCCCUUCUGGCGGGUGUCCGGUCGGCCCCCCGAGACCGGCUCUCUCCUCUCGCCGCCCCGACUCACUUGCACUGGAGUCGCGGCGGCCGCCGGAACUCCGCUCGCCGAGACCCCCGCGGUGCGAUGAAAUCCGGGGCAGGGCGGCGUCGGGGCUCCGCGCCCAGAUCGCGCUCUCUGGCCGGCUCGCCGGACGCAAGUGGGGAAUCCGUUUCCUAGCCGGCCCCUUCCCGCGGGCGUCCUGCCCGCCGCCGCCGCCGCUGCUCCGGCCGCUACCGCGCUGGUGCGAACGCUUCCGACUUGCCACUGCGAGCCUCCAGGGCUGCCGAGCAUGCCCAGUCCGCGGCCCGCGCCGGUCCGGCUUCCCGCGCGACACGAAUCCGCUCCUCCGGGUGUUCCUGGCGGCCGGGCCGGCGGACCGGGCGGGCGGGGUCCACGGGGAGAGCUCCUCCCAGGACCGAGUGGGACCCGGGCCGGACAGCGCACGCAGGGCAGCCGGGCUUUUAUCCCGUUAUUCUACAUCCAAGUAA